AACACUAGGAGAGAUCUGGAUGGUAUUGUAGAGUAAAUCACAGGAGAGAAUCCUCCCACCUUCCUUUCCUCUGUUAACAUUUUCUUCAUUAUUCCAUCUUUCCAGCGCUAAUCCCUAAUUCACGGAUAAUUGUUUUCAAUCUGCAUUUCAAAUUUUAUCUUUUGUGUCUUGCAAGAGGGUAGCUGCUAUUUCUUUGAGCUUAGCUGGCUAGCUUACUGGAAGGUUUUCAUGGCUGGCAAUGGCCUGCCAUCUCUUGGUCGUGUGAAGCUCACAGAUCUAAUACCCUCUGAAGGCCUUCCUUCUGACUCAUACAAGCUAUCUGUCUCGACUCUAUCACAAUCAUUUGCUCAGUAUUCUGCUGCCAUCAUUCAGUUUCCAGUGAGUGAUGGGCCUCUCUUGAGAUCUUGUUUAGAUUCUGCACGUCUCUACUUCCAUCAAAGGCCACCCUACCCGGCAGCAGAAAUGAAUUAUACAAAUGAUUCUCGUGAAUGGUGUAAGACAUCUGGUUACUAUGCUGAUCCUCAACAGUGGCAUGAAACAUAUGAUUACAGACCUGGCCUAACUCCUUCAGAAGCUAGCAACUCAUUGGAAUUCCCUCCAGCUGGUCUGCCAGACCUAUUUUCUUUGCUUGGCAAGGCAGCUCGUGAUAUCUUGGAUGCAAUCAGCUACUAUUUGAACUUGCGUAGUUCUCCAUUUACUGAAGUUCUUGACAAUGUUCCCUUGAGAAGUCGGGAGAUAUCAUCUUCAGUAUUGUCUGUUUGCUGCCAUGCAAGGCCAUCAUUUCAGGAAGCACAACACCAUAAUUUAACAACUCAAGAGGAUGGCCAGUUGGUUAUGUUUCCUGAUCAUGACCAUAAUGUGGACAAAAGCCUUGUCUCUAUUGUUAAAUCAGAUAAGGCAGGUUUACAUGUAAGGGACUUUAAUGGUCGGUGGGUCCUUGUGGAUGGAGAUCUUGGCCCGCAAGAAGCUGUUGUUUUCCCUGGACUUGCACUCUAUCAAGCAACUGCUGGUUAUGUCAAUCCUGCACUGCACAGAACGGAGAUCAAUAACAUGCAGGGUAACAUGUAUGGAAGAUUUUCAUUGGCAUUCAAACUCAUGCCUAAAUCAAUGAGCAGUCUCAGUUGUUCUGAGAUGAGAGCAGCUGGUCAUGGGGUUGAAGCUCAAUUCCAGCUUCCCAUACCAGUUGAUGACUUCAUGCAGAGAUCUCAUCCAACAGAUCAGCUCUUUAACAGGCAAAGUUUCCAGAGUUUCAGUUUCCCUACGGCCCAAGAUGGAUCUAUGAAGCCAUUGAUGAGAAGGAAGAAUAAUUCGCGAUGCAAACCUCUGCCACCUUCCAAGAGGUUACGGUUGGAGGCUCAGAGAGUUCUGAAGGAGAGGGUUCAGGACAUUGCAGAUAAGAAGGGCAUCAAGCUCAGAUUCUGUAACCUCAGGGAGUGUGAAAGCCACAUUCAUGCUCUUGACAGCCCGUGUGCCAAUAUGAGAAUGGAAAUCAAAUGGCCAGCUGGAGUGCCAUUUGUUCAUCCCCAUGAUCUACCAAAUAAAGCAAAGAUUAGUUUUCUUGAAGCUUAUGAGCCUGGUUGGACAGCCACUCACGAUAUGGAGUUAAGCCCAUCUGAACCUGGGCAGGCCAGUCAACACUCAGCUAACUGUAAUUGAAUGGAUGUCCAUAAUAUCUGAUAUGUGGACACCUUUGAUCAGCUUGUGACUACAUGGAUUGCUGAAAAUUAUCUCAACUGAUUACAGUUUCUGUCAUGGUUGCUAUGCUUAGUUGGGAUUAAUUGCCUCUCUUGGGUAUAUCACUGCUCCAUUUUCCAGUUUCUGCAGUUGGUGUAAGAGUUAUAAUACAUGUUGUAAUUGUAAACCAGCGAUAGAUUGUAGAUAGAAUGGUUUAUGGGAAAUCUUUUUUAUUUCCUUGUUUGUUGGAUCUUUUAAGGUGUUGCUUUGUGAGCACUAUACUUACUGGAGAAGAAAUUAAAUAAUAAUAGGAAUUUUGUGGA